AUGCGCGGCCUCAGCAAGGCGGCGACGCUCGUGUUGGCGCCAGCGGCGGUGUUGACGAGGCCUGUGCCGACGAAUCCUUCAUCACGAGAUGUCCCGACCGAAUCUGCCUUUUCCGUUGCCGUCUAUGUAGACACGAGCGCCUCCGGACACACAGGGACGACUGACCAGACUCUGGUCUUCAACCUCGACAUCCAGGAAGCCCCCGAAGCCUGCGCCCCCGCCAACGUCCGUAUCGACGGCUUCCUCCUCGCGCAGGAUGACACCGGCGCCGGCCAGGGCACCUUCGCCUCCCUGGACGGCCACACCGUCACCGCGAGCUGGAACUUUUCCUGCAGCGAGCGCACCAAGACGCGCCGCCGCCUGCCGCCGUGGGACCAGGACCUCGCCUUCACCAUCAUGUCGCUCGACGGCGAGGCCGUCCCCGCGACGGCGUCCUUUGUGACGAGCUUCCGGCAGCAGGCGCCCGUCAAGGUGUACGACAUUGGGGGCGACGCCGUGGUGUACACGACGGAGGGGCAUGCGCCUUCUCGGCAGCACCAGAGGAGGCUCUUGGACCGCAUCAAGAGCAUCACCGGCUUGCCCGAGGUGGACUGCGAGACGAGGGCGGACGUGGGCGACAUCGUUUCGCUCGAGACCCAGAUGCGUGACCUCGGCGAGCGCAUCAAGGUCAAGCAGAGCAGGAUCCUGGACAGGCUGGGCAUCAGGGUGCCGACGCCGACGCCGGCGUUGAACAUGCAGGGCUUUUACCAGACGGCCAAGCUGGCGUCUUCGACGUUGCGGGGGACGAUGGAGCACUGGCUGGGUUCGGUGCUGGGCUUUCCGGUGUUGCGGUAUGAUGAUUACCGGCAUCGUCAUCAGCCAGGGCAGCAGCUUGCCCAUCCGGAACACAGGGACGAUGGGCUUGUGGUGAGCAUGCAGGUGGACGGCCAGGGGGGACAGCACUUCUACUACUACCGGGACGAGGCCGAUUCCAGCUCUACGCGACUUACACCCACGCCUCCUCCAAGGAACGUCAGCUACCUCCCCCUCUUCGCAAUCAUCUUCACCUUCCACCUCGCCCUCUACUUCGUCCUCCGCUCCAUCCGCCAGCGAACGCCCUCCCGCUGCUCUUCACAACAGACCCCCAGCAGCCAUCACCAUCGCCGCAGCACGCAACGACAACAACGCUCCAGCAGCAGCAGCGGCAGCAGCAACGAAGAACAACAACAACAAAGCACCGCGAGUCUCCUCCGCGAGAGCGUCAGAGACCUCUUUCGCUCGAGACGCAAUGAGUUUGAGGAGGUGGUUGACGAAAAGAUGCGCCUGAGGAUGAUGUAUGAAGACGAGUAUAAUAAUGCUGCAACAACAACAACUUCGAUGGAGGACGAGCUGGCGUCUUUCCAGGAGGCUGCUGAGCUGUUUGGCGGCGUGGUGGCUGCUCAGGCGAGGCCAAGGGAGGAGGAAGGGGGCGGUGAUGACGACGAUGAUGAAGAUGGGCGGCUGCCGCCGAGGUUUGCGGAGAAUGUGAGUCCGCCUGCGUAUGACGAGGUGCACAAGGGGGGCGUGUGGUGA